UGCUCGGCCAAGAGUGAGCUCUCGUCACAAAAAAGCAACGUCUUUGCUGGAGGGACGACUGUGGUGGGGCUUCGAAGAUCGGGAGGACACUCCGAAUAGCCGCUUUUUGGUGUCCGCGGCGAGUCCAGAUCCUGUCCCCCUCCGAGUUUCAUCUCUCUUUAGCUGGGCUUGCCCUAAGAGAUGUGAAGAAGGCAGAGGACUUUCAGCCAGCCAUGGAGCUUCCAAACUACAGCCAGCAACUGCUUCGACAACUGUACUCUUUCUGCAAAGAACAGCAGUUCUGUGACUGUAACAUCUUGGUUGGGGCAACCCAUUUUCGAGCUCACAAGCUUGUGCUGGCAGCAGCCAGUCUCUUGUUGAAGCCCCUGUUGGAAAGCACCGAUACAAUCUCUAUUGAUGCAUCCGUGGUGGCUCCGGAUGAUUUUGCCCUGCUGCUGGAGAUGAUCUAUACAGGUAGACUGCCCCUUGGGAAGCACAAUUUCACCAAGGUAAUUUCUGUGGCAGACAAUCUUCAGAUGUUUGAUGUGGCUGUCAGUUGCAAAGCCCUUCUCAGGGACCUCCUGAGUUGCUCAAAUCAAGACCACAUGGGGAGGGACUCCUCUGUUCAGACAACUAGCGCAUCCAGCAACAGCACCACCAUUUCUAAUUCUUCCCAGGCCACAGUACUCAGUGCCGAAGUGGCAGAGGAAUCACAGCACUCUGUAGUAGAUUCUGUUAACCCUGUCAGAAUACAAGGACAGAACAAGCAUUUGGCCACUGCUCAUGAAGAAGCUGUGGGUGAAGAGACAAUGCUUCUCAACUCUUGCAGCCAGGAUUCUGAAAUUUGCUCUGGACUUUCUCCCGAUGGACAGGGCAGCUGUGAAGGAAGGGAGAGUACAGAACCACCAGAAAAGAGAGGCAUAAUUGAAUGUGCAGGAAGCCCAGGAGAGGAGAAGACCACAGCUGCUCUGCUUCAGAAAAGCAAGGAGGAGCUCAUUCAGAAUGUGACCGAGUUGGGGCCCAUACAAGAUCUCUUAGACAAAGCGGAGGAGGGUUUCCUCCCUGAGACUGAAAAGCAGAUGAUACUAUCCUGUUGUCAGAACACCUCGCCCAAGGAGGCUGUGGAGAACCUGAUCAAGGCGGUGGUGGAGGAGAAAACCUUGAAAGCAGAGAGUCUGCUCAAACUUCUGUCUGCCGUGAAAGCUUCAUUCCCUGGCCUACAUCUUCUGCUGGACAACUGGGCACCAGCAGCUGUCAGAUCGGAUGGCACAGCCAGAUGGAAUCUUGAGUCCUACGGGAAGAACCUCUUGAGAUGCCACAAAGCCGCUCUUUCCAAAUUCAUUGUGGACCCCCAGCUGGUACAGCAAAACCUGCCUGCAGUGCAGCAUCUAGCACCUGGAAGCCGAGAGGUGAUGGAGAAGAUUGCGAUAGAUGCAGCAGGGUCUGGUGUGCUUGGUGCAUUGGCCUCGGCAGCCCUAGAAGAAGAGUCUCUUUCAGCAGUAGCCGUUUGGCAGGUGCUGUUGGUGUUGCAAGAUGCACAGCUGCCUCUGAAGCAGUUCCUCGAGGAGGUGAAGAAGGAGGCCGAUGCUGACCUCUUCUUCCAAACUGUUAGCUCCAGCGUUGGGAUUGUCACGGGAAUCAUACUGAGGCAUCGUGAGCUGAUCUCUGAGGCCCUCCAUCGUCGAGCAGAGCUUGUGGGGUCACCACCAGCAGAAGUGGACCUGGCGAAGGCAAUGAAUGAGCUGCUUAACAUCGACCAGCAGGAGGAGGCCCCCAUAGCAUCCUGGAAGGCAGCUCUGAGCAGUGCCCUUGGCAAAUCCAUUCCUGCCAACCAGAUUUGCCAACUCCUCUGCAGCGCUCAGGGGUUAUUUCCAGACCUGCAGCCGGUGAUACAGGAACUGCGCCUGGCAGGGCUCUUGACAGAAGGUGAAGGAGAUGAGGCCGACGUCUGGCAGCAGCCAAAGGAAAAGGAGUCUCAGCUGGAAGCUGCAGGCCAAAAAGGAAAAGAGCAGAAGGCCGAGCUCAGUGAGCCGCCUGAGGGUGUUGCCCCAAAGAGGAGCUUUGCCUGCAAGACCUGCCGGAAGAGCUUCCAUUUCUACUGCCGCCUCCAAGUGCACGAGAAGCACUGCUGCAUUGCCAGCCCCAAGGAUUGCGGCGAGACGAGGACGUCCAAGAAGGAGCUCGAGGAAGGCCAGCCGGAGACUCCAGGCUCUGCCUCCAGGAAGAAGAAGAAAAAGCGCCUCCCCGUGGCUUGUGACCUCUGCGGCCGAGAAUUUGCCCACGCCUCAGGGAUGCAGUACCACAAGCUGACAGAGCACUUUGACGAGAAGCCCUUCUCCUGUGACGAGUGUGGGGCCAAAUUUGCCGCCAACUCCACGCUGAAGAACCACCAGCGCCUCCACUCUGGCGACCGGCCCUUCGUCUGCAAGCACUGCUGUACCGCUUUCUCGCAGGCUUCAGCCCUCGCUUAUCAUACCAAAAAGAAGCAUGCAGAGGGGAAGAUGUACGCCUGCCAGUACUGUUCUGCGGUCUUUGCGCAGUCUAUCGAGCUGUCCCGUCACGUGCGCACGCACACUGGAGACAAGCCCUAUGUUUGCAGAGAGUGCGGGAAGGGCUUUCGCCAAGCAAAUGGCCUUUCCAUCCAUCUGCGCAAUUUUCACAACAUCGACGAUCCCUAUGACUGCAAGAAGUGUCAGAUGAGCUUCCCCACGCUACAGGAGCACCAUAAGCAUAUCCACACGGCCCAUUCCAGGGAGUACCACCCAUGUCCAACGUGCGGCAAGAUCUUCAGCGCACCAUCCCUGCUGGAGCGCCACAGGGUCACCCAUGUUGGAGGGAAGCCCUUCAGCUGUGAGAUCUGCAACAAAGCUUAUCAGCAACUGUCAGGGCUGUGGUACCACAAUCGGACCCAUCACCCAGAUAUCUUUGCAGCCCAGAACCACCGGUCUUCCAAGUUCUCCUCCUUACAAUGUAGCUCUUGUGAUAAAACUUUUCUCAGCACCGCAGCCUACAGAAAACAUACCAAGGAAGAACAUGCAGAUGUGGUGUUCCACGAGUGCGAGCAAUGCGGGGGUUUCUUCCCCAGCUUGUCCUUGUUGCAAGUUCACACGAAGCGUCAACACUCUGGGUCCCAGCUGUUCCUCUGUCCACAUUGCUCGGCUUCCUUCCACCUCCAGGAGACACUUCAGCACCACGUGGCCACAGAACAUGCUGCCCAGGCAGAACAGUCCCUCGCCUGCGGGAUAUGCAGGGAGCUCUUUACUGGGCAGGAGCAGCUGGAGGAGCACUGUGAGGCCGAACACCCCAAAGUGAUGUUUGCAGGUUCGCAACUCCCCACAGCCCACAUUGUGCAAGUGAUUCAAGCCCCAGAGCAGGUGAUCACUCUCACCGAGUCAGAGCUCGCUGGUUCCCGUGUGUUUCUGACACUGCCUGAUUCCCAAGGAUACCAAGGUAGAACUGAGCUGGUGACGGUGACCAUGGAAGACCUGCUGGAUGAGAAAGUCACUCUAGUUUGCGAAGAAGCCAAGUGAGGGAGGGCACAAAAGCUGCCGUUGGCAAGAAGAGUAUACAGGUGGGCUGGAACUUCCUCAGUGUUUGCCGUAGAGCCGGCUUAGGCUGUGGGGAAACUCGAUUCUGGAAAAAUGCUGGGAAAGGACAGGGCCAGAGGAUCUAACGAGGAGUCCGUUUCUCAAAAAGGCACCAGUACUUCCCUGGUUGGAAUCAAAUGCUGUGUGGCUUUCUCUUUCAACCAACUCAGCUAGUCUUGUCUGAGCACAGAGUUAUCUUCGAGGGUCUCAUUCCCGCCUGCAGCUUUUCCUGUUAGGCUAACAUGUGCUGAAAAGUGCAUAUAUAUCAUAAGGAAAAACGUGGUGGCUCAGAUUUUGGGGUUUGAGCAGCAGCGGAGGCAACGGCAGAGGCUUGGCUGGCCUGUUGGAGGAGCUUGGCAGGUCUGGUGGUGCCACAAAGAGAGAGACGCCCGCAUCAGGCCUUCAGAGAACUUCAGCGCCUGCAAACCAGCCAUCUGUGCCUUCUGUAUGAUCUCCAUCAUGGGACUUCUUCUUUCCUUGCUGAAGAAGACUCUUUUUGGGAAAGCUCCAGUGGGAAUAUUCAUGGAUUUUCCACCGGAGAGUCAGACUUAUUGAUGAAAUUUGAAGCAAUCAAGGGUCAGAAGUCAGGCAACAGCAGCCGGUACUCCAGCAAUUAACUGAGAUGAUUGUUGGUUAAAUCAGAUACAACUAUCGGAUCAGACUAAAUAUUUUGCCUAUGUAGUUUAACUCAUGACUCCUUUAAUUUAGUUUUUUUCGUAGAGAUGCCAAAUUCUGUCUACCUUGUUCAAGGCACUCAUAAACUGCAC